AUGACGUCAUCCAGUGACCUUGACGAGGUGUCUUCUUCACAGCCGCUGUCUUUUCAACACAAGCAAAUUGGAAAACGCAAAAGCCGUUCAAACAGCCAAGAACAAGCUCUACAACGGACACUUCCUGAGCGUCGUGGAACCGGGUUCGAAGAAGCAAGUGCACCGGAUGACUUUGAAACGCACCAAGCGAAGCGACGGUCAAGCGCUCGAGCAAAUCUGGACGAAGAGCAAAAGGGCAGUGACGAAGAUAACGAGGAUGCUACACCUCAAGUCUUUUGGCGAGCGAGUGUCAACGCAGUCGAAGGUACUGACUUGUCUGAGCCGACAACGUUUAAAGAUGCUGUUGAUGGACCGGAUCAAGUGCAUUGGUGUGAAGCAAUCUGUGCUGAGUUGGACUCGAUGAAACUUCGUGGCGUGCUUCGAGCGCCCAAACAGCCAGCUGGACAGCAUACCAUUGGCACCAAGUGGGUAUUCAAUAUCAAGCGGAAAGCUGAUGGAUCCAUCGAGAAAUACAAGGCGCGUCUCGUGGCAAAAGGGUUCAAGCAGAAAUAUGGCAUCGACUACACGGAGACGUUUUUGCCGGUAGUCAAGUACGUGACGCUGCGCAUGGUAGUUGCAAUCACGAAGUACUUUGACUGGACACUGGACCUACUGGACGUGGUGACAGCUUUGCUAUGCGAAGAGAUGAAGGAAAAGGUAUUCUGCGAGAUCCCAGAAGGGGUCGAAGUUGAUGAAGACUUUGACUGCUUCGAAUUGUUGAAGGCGAUCUACGGACUAAAAACAAGCAUCGCGCGUAUGGAACGAGAAUUUCCAUGA